GGCAGAAGAAAUCAAUAGCGGCAGUCAAGGGUCAACUCGCUGGGGCAAACAAAACAGACAGACACUGAAGAGGAGUCUAGAGAGAAGCGUCAGGACCCGAGGAGACCAGAAGACAUUUUUCCAAAGACAAGGCAAGUCCAAGACCAGUGAUGUCCCCCGUGGUGCUCAUUCUCGUUGCCCUGGGUUUCCAGUUGGUAAAAGGAUAUGAGACCAGCCAGAUUCCUACUGAGGCAAUCACUGCUACGGCUGGUGUCACAGUUAACCUGGAGUGUAAUCUGGGAAAACCUGAAAAUAGAUGGGAAGUAAAAUGGUAUAAAUUGAGUGGAAACAUGCAGAGAUCCAUCAUUGAUCCUAAAAAUUGCAAAAGCUCUUUUUGCAGUUUGGAACGUAUCUCCACACUCGUCCUUGAGAAUGUCACAGCAGACAAUUCUGGAGAAUACAUCUGCGGAUUAGAGCCUACAGCUGGACCCGCUACUGACAUAAAGAAGAUCAUAGUGAGAGUACAAGCAGGAGCAGUAAAAGGCAUACAUAUGAAAAUAAUCCAGUCUCCAACAAUCCUGAACACACCUGUUGGUUCAGAUGUCACCUUAGCUUGCUUUGUCCACGGUAAUGCCCACAGUGGAUUUGUCCGCUGGUUUCGGGAGGUGAAACCACAAAGCAGGAAUUACUUUUUCUCCUCAAAGGAAACAAACACGAUGAGGAAUCAUGAACGGGUGGAUUGGGUCAAUAAAGACAUUUUCACUGAUAGGUCCCUAAAAUUCAAAACUGUGCAGGCUAAGGACUCUGGGAAGUAUUACUGUAAAUAUUACAUGAAAUUGAAUAAGCAAGGAAUGAAGAUCCAGGAAGAACUUGUGUUGGCUGGGCACGGGACAGAAUUACAUGUGCAAGAUUAUUUUCCAGAGAAGGUGAACAUACAUAUAAAGUAUAUUCCUGAAUCUGUGUCUGUCACAGAAGCAUCAAGUGUAACUUUGAUUUGCCUCGUUUAUCAACAUGACAGCCAUUUGGGCGCAUUGCGGUGGUUUCGGGAAACUGAAGAUGGUAAGGAGGCCCACUUCUACUCUGAAAGUCCAAAAGAUGGCAUGAAGAAUGACCCUCGUGUUGUAGGGAAGCAAGAAGACAAUAGAGAAUACUUCAAUUUCACUAUCACUAUCAAUGGCGUAAUGCCUCAAGACUCUGGAAAGUACUACUGCCACAAAUACAAGAAGGUGGUAAGCAGCAAAGGGGAGGAGCGGCUGCUCUCUGGUGUUGGGACCACCCUGACAGUGGAUGCGCUGCCCUUCAGACCCCCCACAGUCACCCUAAAGCCACCAGUAGUUAUUCUGCAGCCUUACCAAGAGGUCCGUGGUUUCCAGAACGAGAAAGUCACCUUGCACUGCUUUGUGUCAGCUGGGAUUGUCAACGGCAUAAUGAGGUGGUAUCGAAUCACCAGUAGUCGGCAAGAAUACAUCUACUCUGCCAUGGACACCUCCUCUGAGAAGAUAGACCCUCGUGUGCGUCGGACUGAUCAUCACUACGUAGACAUCGACUGGUCCAUUACCAUUGAGGAUCUGACUUUAAUGGACAAUGGGAUGUACUUCUGUGAGUUGGACGAUGGUUUUGAAGAAAAACAUCAAGUUGUUGUGGGUGGUGGAACCAGACUGAUUGUUGAAGAGCCUCACAGAGAAGCUGAAUUAACAACCGAAGCAAUGACCACUACUCCACCAUUACCACGCUGCAAUGAACAUGCAGUGCCCUGGCCAAUAUGUGAUGAAAUGCUCUCUUCUACUGGUGUAGGCAUCCUAAGUAAAUCCAUCUCAGAAUUUGGGUUCAAUGUGUACCGCAUAUUAAAAGACACCUUAAAGGAGCCAAACGUGGUGUUUUCUCCACUCAGCAUUGCCAUAGCUUUAUCAAACCUCCUGCUAGGAACCCGAGGUGAGACUCUCUCUGUCCUGAACAAGGCCUUGAACUAUCCAAAACACUUUACCUGCGUUCACCAAGAGAUGGGCAAUCUGAUCCAGUCGGAUUCCAAUUUGCUUAUCGCCAGUGCAAUUUACUACCAUUCAGGACUUAAACUCCAUGACUUUUUCUUGGAACAGUCAAAAGAGUAUUAUGGAGUUGCGAUGCCACUGACCAAUGACAUGGCUGAGAAUGUUCAGUUGAUCAAUAAGUGGGUUGCUGAAAAGACCCAAAACAAGAUUACCCAUCUGGUGAACGAGAUCAUGGCUUCCGCUGAAAUGCUUCUACUGAACGCCAUUUAUUUUAAAGGGAAGUGGAAAGUAAAAUUUCAAGAAGAUGAAACAAAGCCAAAAACGUUUAUGCGUUUUGGACAAUCCUCAAAAAAGACUGUGCUUGUGCCAAUGAUGGAACAUGACAAGUACCCACUGGCGUUAAUACACAGCAGAGCUCUGAAUGCCAAGGUUGCCAGAUUCCGGCUUUCCAACGAGAGCAGUCUGGUUCUUAUACUGCCUAACGUCUUAAGUCCCACGGCUCUUUCACAAGUCCAAAGUAAGCUGAAGACUGAGGAUUUCCUGGACAUGGUCAAACAGCUUAAUAAAGAGGACGAGAGCGACGUGAUAGUGUCCAUACCUAAGCUGAAUCUUAACACCAAAACUGAUUUGAAAAGUGUGCUGGAAAAGCUUGGGCUCUCUGAUCUGUUCUCUUCUCCGAAUCUGUGUGGUAUGAGCUCAGAGAAUGGCCUCUUGGUCUCAGAUGCCAGUCACCAGGCGGUGAUUGAACUCCAUGAGAAUGGGGUGGAGGCAGCCGGCUCAACUUCCAUCAGUCUUUCACGCACGGUCUACACAUUUGAAGCACACCGUCCUUUUAUGUUUGUCCUCUGGGAUGACCGUCAUGGGUUACCAGUGUUUAUGGGGCAUGUCACCGACCCUUCUUAUGGUCAGGUGUUUUUGUAAAUAGACUGAAAUGCUGGACCCUUACAAAGAAAUGAUUCUGCCUGUGAUUGAUUAGCUACAACCCAAAAAAGCAAAAACCAGGAUAUAGUACCUUAUCUAUCUAUCUAUCUAUCUAUCUAUCUAUCUAUCUAUCUAUCUAUCUAUCUAUCUAUCUAUCUAUCUAUCUAUCUAUCUAUCUAUCUAUCUAUCUAUCUAUAUAUUCUUCUUCUUUUGGCUGCUCCCAUUUUGGGGUCACCAGAUCAUCUAUCUCCAUCUAUCCCCAUUUUCUGCCACCCCAACUGCCUUCAUGAUCAUCUGUCUCCAACUAUCCCCAUUUUCGGCCACCCUGACUACCUUCAUGUCCUCCAUCACCACAUCCAUAAACCUCCUCUUUGGCCUUCAUCUUUUCCUCUUAAAUGGCAGUUCCAGCCUCCUAAUGUACCCCUCAUUUCUUCUCUGCACCUGCCCAAACCAUCUCAAUCUAGUGUCUCUCAUUUGGUCACCAAACUGUUGUACCUGCGCUGUCCCCUCUAAUACACUCGUUUCUCAUCCUGUCUACCAUCGUUACUCUGAGCGAAAAUCUUAGCAUUUCCAGCUCUGCCUCUUCUUUUUUUUAUCUGUGCCACCGUCUCCACACCAUACAGCAUAGUUGGUCUCACUGCCAUUUUAUAGACCUUCCCUUUCACUCUUGCAGGUAUUCUUCUAUCAGAAAUUGCUCCCACCCAGUCCACCCUGCCUGCACUCUCUUCUUCUCCUCUCUGCCGCACUCUCCGUUGGUUUGGACUUUUUAACUCAAGGAUUUAAAUUUGUCCACCUUCACCACUUCUGGUCCUUGCAGUCCCAACCUUCCACCUUCUUCCAUCUCAUUCAUGCACCCCUUCUUACUCCUACUGACUCUCAUUCCUCUUCUCUCCCAUCUGCCCUUUGUCAUUUCUCUCCCUAACACCAUACCAACCCAUCGCCUCCUCAUCACCAUUGUUCUCUUCACCAAACGGCCACCAAUCUCUCUUCUUUGGGCAUACUUUCCACCAUUUUGUCUAUUGGUAGAAAAUAUCUACAGAAAAUGUCAUUUUACAAGCCAAAAGACUACCUAACCUAAAAAUUCUAAAUAAAUUGUCACACUAAAAUUUUGAAGUUUACCUAAAUAUUUCAGAGAUACGUUAUGUGUAAUACUAUUUGUUGAGGUUGGGACAAAAGCUGAAUAAAACAUUCAACAUA